AUGUGUGGUAUCUUUGCUGCUUACAAACACCCAGAAGUCAACGCUUUCAAGCCAAGAGCUUUACAAUUGACUAAGAGAAUCAGACACAGAGGUCCAGAUUGGUCUGGUAACGUCGUCAAGAACACCACUUUAUUUGCUCAUGAAAGAUUAGCCAUUGUUGGUUUAGACUCUGGUGCUCAACCAAUCACCUCACCAUGCGGCAACUACAUGUUGACUGUCAACGGUGAAAUCUAUAACCACAUCCAAUUGAGAGAGGAAACUACAGAUUAUAAGUACAAGACUUUGGGUGAUUGUGAACCUAUCAUUCCAAUGUAUUUGAAAUACGACGUCGAUGCUCCAAACCAUUUGGAUGGUAUGUUCGCAUUUGUAUUAUACGAUUCCCAAAAAGACCGUGUAAUUGCCGCCAGAGACCCUGUCGGUAUCACCACUUUAUAUAUGGGUAGAAACUCCAAGACCCCAAAGACAGUCUAUUUCGCCUCCGAAUUGAAAUGUUUGGUCGAUGAUUGUGAUAGUAUCAUUGCCUUCCCUCCAGGCCACGUAUACGAUUCCGAAACCGAUAAGAUUGAAAGAUACUUCAAACCAAACUGGAUUGAUGAAUCUAUCAUCCCAACCACCCCUGUAGACUUGAAACAAGUUAGAGAAACUCUAGAAAGAGCUGUCAGAAAGAGAUUAAUGGCCGAAGUUCCUUACGGUGUUCUUUUAUCUGGUGGUUUGGAUUCUUCUUUGAUUGCCUCUAUCGCUGCUAGAGAGACUGAAAAAGUCAUGGAUGAAACUAACACCAUCGAUUAUGAAAAACAAUCCGAUGACGCUGCCGAUGCUUCCAAGAAAUUGACUGGUUUAGAUGAUUCCGGUAACUUACAAACUCAAAGUUGGUCUAAACUUCAUUCUUUCGCCAUCGGGUUACCAGGUGCUCCAGAUUUGAAAGCCGCUAGAAAAGUCGCCAACUUCAUUGGUUCUAUCCAUCACGAACAUAAUUUCACAAUCCAAGAAGGUUUGGAUGCCCUUGACGAUGUCAUCUACCAUUUAGAAACUUACGAUGUCACCACCAUUAGAGCCUCCACUCCAAUGUUCUUAUUAUCUAGAAAGAUUAAAGCUCAAGGUGUCAAGAUGGUCUUAUCCGGUGAAGGUUCCGAUGAAAUCUUUGGUGGUUACUUAUAUUUCGCUCAAGCUCCAUCUGCUGCUGAGUUCCAUGUCGAAUCUGUCAAGAGAGUUAAGAACUUACAUUUGGCCGAUAACUUAAGAGCCAACAAAUCCACAAUGGCCUGGGGUUUGGAAGCUCGUGUUCCUUUCUUAGAUAGAGAUUUCUUGAACUUGUGUAUGAACAUUGAUCCAAACGAUAAGAUGAUUAAACCAAAGGAAGGUAAGAUCGAAAAAUACUUGUUAAGAAAGGCUUUCGACACUUCUGAUGAACCAGACGUCAAACCAUACUUACCAGAAGAAAUAUUAUGGAGACAAAAGGAACAAUUCUCAGACGGUGUUGGUUACUCUUGGAUCGAUUCUUUGAAAGAUACUGCCGAAAGAGUCAUUUCCGAUGAAAUGUUCGCCAAUCCAAAGGACCAUUGGGGUUCUGAUAUCCCAACCACUAAGGAAGCUUACUGGUACAGAUUGAAAUUCGACGCUUUAUUCCCACAAAAGACCGCUGCUGAUACAGUUAUGAGAUGGAUUCCAAAGGCCGACUGGGGUUGUGCUGAAGAUCCUUCCGGUAGAUACGCAAAGAUUCAUGAACAACAUAUUGACGGUUAA